UGUGUGCCACUCAUAUUUUCCCAAUCACACGUCUCUCCUCUUUCUCGACCACGUGUGGACCAUCGCGGCGGACGGAAGAGGUUCCCGGCAGCCUUCUUGUGGGACGGGGAGUGGCACUGGCUGGCCUUGUCUAUCUCCCUCUCCGGGCUGGAGGUGUUCGUCGACUGCCGACUGCUGGACAGAGUCCCCUGGAGGAACUACCCGGGCCUGGAGGUGUCCGUGGCAGGGAUCACGCUCCUGGGAGGGGCCACGCAGCCCCACCUCACUCCCUUUACCGGUACAAUACAGCAGAUCAUUUUUGUUUUGGGGGAUCCUUCUGCAGCCAAGUUCUACUGUGAGCAUUACAAUUCCACUUGUUUCCAAGAUUCAGACUCUCAGGAGGACACCUCUGGGUCUGCUGAGGAGGCAAUAGGCAGGACUGAGAGCCUCAUCUUUCCCAGUCUGGUCAGCUUCACAGGGAGGGAGAAAGUUGGCCACAGACAGAAGAAUCCAACAACCAAGUUUUCUCUGCUAAAAGCCAUUCACCAAAAGAAUGGUUGGAAAGCAUUUGACAACCCACCUGAAAAUAAGCCUUCCAACACAAGUAUGAUGUCCAGAUCCUCGACUAACUUAGUAACACAGCCAAAGAAUGCAACUAGCUUGAUGCCAAGUUCUCUAGGUCCCCAACCCCAGACCCCAAAUAACAGGAAAGGACAUUGGCAGAGUUCUCCCCUCAGAAACAGCUCAAUGGUUAAAGGGGCAGCGCAGGAGUCCGGCAUGACGAAGGAGCCGCCACUGCCAGCACCUAACAGGACCUCCGGAGGACAACCACCCAAGGGAACCGUUCCUUCAACCGUUCCUCAGAAACAGCCACACAAGACAAACCUGCAUCUGAAGGGCUUCAGCGGUGUCACAAAUACAACAUCCACGCCGUCAGUUGAAUUAAGAGUCUCACAAAACAGACCAAAUGUUAGCAAAGGCAAAGGUGAAACUGGGGCUGUGGAGUCUACCAUUCAUUCUCCCAAGGUAGAGAAAGCACAACCCGCUGAACCUACCAGGAUUCCUAGCUCUGACAAGUCGGUGAGAGCUGAGCCGUCAAAAGGCACCAAAUCAGUUACCAACCAGACAAACAAUGAAUCACCCAGAAAGGAGAAUCAUCCAUUAUUGCCUAAAACUCAAAGGACCUCCUCAGAGGGGAAUAGACCCCUGGAGAUUCUAGAACCUGCAAAGGCCAAUGAUUCAAUCACCACUGGACAGAUCAUACUCCCUCGCCCAUUAGCUGUAAACAACAGCUUUGUCCAAGUGAUAACAGAAUCAACGGGGCAGUCAGACUUAUCUAAGCCUGUGACUCUGAAACCUGAUGCUGCUGUUACGAAAGUCUCUCUGACAGACACUUUGGCUGCAGCCUCAAAUUUGCCGGAGUGGAAGCCAAAGGCAGAUGGCACCUCUGUGCCAGAGAGAGGCAUGUUUCAGAAGGAGCACGUCGAGACCGGUGAGCCCAGUGGUACACUCGGUUCCCCAGACAGCUGGAAACAAGCUGGCAAAGCCACGUCCGAGACAAAUAUGGAUGCAGAGGUGACCAUUCCACCCACGUUACAAACAGAAAAUGCCACAGCUGAACACAUAACUCAGGAGCCACCAAUAGAACGGCCUGAGGGGGCCGAGAGAGAGGGGCCCUUUAAAAGGGGUCAAACAGACACGGAAACCAAACCGGAAUCCAGCACAGUGUUGCCGAUCACAACCCAAGAGCCCAAAGCGCAGAGAGGGUGGCCAAAAUCAGGAAAAUUUCCCGACAAGAGGAAACCUGAGGUGGGUCCAUGCAGUCCAGCUGUGAAUGGUGUGCCAUUGCCAGCGCACUGUCCCCAACGCCCUGCCAGGAUACCAGCCCCUCAUCCACCGAGAGCCAACUCUCCCCACAAAAGCCAGCACAUCGGAAUGGGGCCAAGAGGGCAGAGGGGGCAUCAAGGCCAACCUGGUUUGCCAGGACCACGUGGACCCAAAGGCGAUAAAGGUUACGCAGGGCCAAUGGGUCGAACCGGACGCACUGGAUACAGGGGACCUAUUGGGCCUCCAGGGAUGCCUGCCAUAAUUGUAUGGAGAACCUCGGAGGAGGAGUGGAUCAUGUUCAAGAAAACGAAGUUUUAUAAAAAGCUUGUGUCGUCUUGGCCGAGACAGAAGGGCCCCCCAGGCCCCAUUGGCCCCCCUGGAGAUCCCGGGCCCUUGGGACCACCUGGGAUUCCUGGGAAGCAGGGAAGAAAAGGAGACACCGGAAAAAUCGGGAGGAUCGGGCCUGUAGGGAUGCCUGGUCCUCCGGGAAGACAUGGACAGGAAGGAACACCUGGGAAAGAUGCACCUGAUGGCCUACCUGGCCCACCUGGGGAAGAGGGGCCGCAGGGUUAUGGAGGAGAGCGAGGCACCAAGGGGGAGCUGGGUGAGUGGGGUUAUCAAGGUGAACCAGGGCCACAGGGGAACAGAGGAAGAAAAGGGGAGAAGGGGACUAAAGGAGAGAAGGGCUUCAUUGGCAUCACAGGGUACAAUGGGAUGCGUGGGCCCAGAGGACCAAUUGGAUUUCUCGGACCACGUGGGCCUCCUGGAGAGCCCGGCGGAUCAGGUUUCCCAGGAUCACCAGGACCGCCCGGACACAUGGGGCCUCGAGGGAUAAAGGGAGUCAUUGGAAUCAAUGGACCCCCAGGUCAGCCUGGUGAACCUGGCCUUAAGGGACCUCCUGGAAAACCUGGUGAGCCAGGUCCAGGUGGAAUGAUGGGAUUUCCAGGGGUUCGUGGACCACAGGGGAAACCAGGAUCAGAUGGGCCUCCAGGACCUAAAGGGGAUCCAGGAGAUCCAGGAAUUGAAGGAGCUAUUGGUGGGCCUGGCCUUCCUGGACCCAAUGGUGCAGAAGGAAAACCAGGAAAAUGUGGACCCUCAGGUGAUCCAGGACUCAAAGCUGAGAAGGGUGAGAAAGGUGACAUCGGCCCAAAAGGAGACAAAGGACCUACUGGUCCUACAGGAAGAAGAGGUUUCAAAGGCAGAGGGGGUUCGUCUGGUCUUCUUGGAGCAAUGGGACCAGUAGGCCUACCUGGAUUACCAGGUCCACCAGGGCAUGAUGGCAUCUUGGGAGACCAAGGUAAACAGGGAAAAGAUGGGACAAAGGGAGACAGAGGCCCCGCUGGCGGUGUAGGCAUUCCUGGCCCUCGGGGAGACAAGGGUCGUAUUGGCCUUAGUGGAUUUCCUGGGUUGCCGGGGCCGAUGGGCGAGAUGGGCAAAUCAGGAGAGGGAGGUCCUGAAGGAGAGCCCGGUAUUAAGGGAAGACCAGGAGUCCCAGGAGGCACUGGCAUAAAAGGACAUAAGGGACUUCAAGGUCUUUCUGGUAACCGUGGAGUUGAUGGAACCCAUGGACCACCUGGACCUAUAGGUCUGCCAGGACAAGAUGGAGACACUGGACCAUGGGGAGAAAAGGGAAUGAUGGGAAAGCCAGGUCUCCCUGGAAUUCAAGGUCCUGUUGGCCAAAAUGGGGAACCAGGAAUUAGGGGAGCUGUGGGUCCACCUGGAAGACCAGGGGUCAAGGGUCUAAGAGGAAAACCAGGGCCAGUUGGUCCACCUGGCCAUCCAGGGCCUAAGGGGGACAGAGGGAAGGAAGGUCAAAAGGGAAACCCUGGGAGUUCUGGGCUUCAAGGACCACCAGGAGCUAAAGGGUAUCCAGGACCUGCUGGUAUACAAGGGAAUAUAGGACCAUGGGGUGCGAUGGGCCUUCAAGGACCUACAGGUGAUGCUGGAUUUCCAGGAGCGGUUGGGCCUCCUGGUGUCACAGGCUACCCAGGUAAAGAUGGCCUCCCAGGACCUGUUGGAUCUCGAGGUGUAAAAGGCGAGAAGGGAUUGGCUGGACAGCUGGGUGGACAGGGAGCUGCUGGUGUCGAUGGUGAGGAGGGCCCAGCUGGCACAAGAGGGCCUAUAGGCUCACCUGGCCCAAAAGGCUCCAUAGGUGAGAAGGGAAAACCUGGGCUUGUUGGUGAAAGGGGCGUCAAGGGGGUCCAAGGAGAGCGAGGCAACCAGGGACCAUCUGGACCAAAAGGUCAACCAGGAAAGGAAGGAAAGAGUGGUUCUCCUGGGCAAAUAGGAAGACAAGGCCCUACAGGACAAAAGGGUCAGGCUGGACUCAGAGGUCGGUCAGGCCUGACAGGAAGCUACGGCCCUGGUGGAGACAUUGGACCAGGAGGGACUAAAGGAGAGAGAGGCCUAGCAGGUCUUAGGGGGGAACCUGGAAGACUUGGACCCCCAGGACCAGUUGGACCAAAGGGAAUAAUUGGUGCACUAGGAAAAGCAGGGCCUGCUGGGAGAACUGGCUCUCGAGGACUCAAGGGAGAUCCUGGGGAGAGAGGAAGUCCUGGGAUGCGUGGUCAUACUGGUCAGAUUGGCAUUAAUGGAAUCAAUGGAAAGAAAGGUGAACUUGGGACAAUAGGCAAAAUGGGGAAGGUAGGCCGCAGAGGUCUCACUGGCUCUGUAGGUGCGAGGGGUCGGCCAGGACCUGUUGGCCCACCUGGAGAAACAGGAAACAAAGGGAAGCGAGGGCCAAAGGGAAGUCCUGGAAGUGCAGGACUGAUGGGGAACAAAGGUGCUCAGGGAAAACCAGGUGGUCCUGGCCCAAAGGGAAAGAGAGGUGGUGUUGGAAGACGCGGAGAGCCAGGUGUUGGGGGACUGGAUGGACUGCUUGGUGUUCAAGGAAACCCAGGCGACCCAGGUCACAAUGGUUUCAGAGGAAUGCCGGGCAGGCCAGGUCAUGCUGGUAGAACCGGUCGUCCAGGAGUACCCGGAGAGAGUGGAUUAGCUGGCAAAACUGGAUCAAGGGGUGCACCAGGAUCCAGAGGAACCAAUGGUCCACCUGGCCCAGUUGGACCAAAGGGUUUUCCAGGGCUUCAAGGCCUUAAAGGAAGAAUGGGCCAGUCAGGAGAGAGGGGAGAGAAUGGUAUCAGAGGACUCACAGGACCAGAAGGACCACCAGGGAGGAAAGGGAAACAAGGUCAUCCUGGUCUCAAAGGCCGAAGUGGACCUAAAGGCAUACAGGGUGAUAUAGGCCCACGUGGUCCUCCUGGACCCAGGGGGUUUCCUGGUCUUCCAGGCCUGUUUGGGAUAAAGGGAAUAAAAGGGUUUCAAGGAAUGCCCGGAGCCAAAGGAGUGACAGGUCCCCAAGGACCUCCAGGGAAACCAGGCUCCCCUGGUGGCAGAACAUUGCAGCGCAUUCCAGGCCUCUACGAUAGAAGAGGAUCACAAAAUACAAUGGCAAGGAGGACCCAGCAUGACCAAGGGGAGCAGGAGGAGUUCAGCUGGCCCCUGGGCACUAAAGAGAACCCUGCAGCCACAUGCAAAGAGUUGGGCCUCAUGCAUCCCCACCUGGAGGAUGGAUUUUUCUACAUGGAUCCCAACCAGGGCUGCCCCUUCGAUGCCCUCCAUGUGUUUUGUAAUUUCACUGCUGGGGGACUGACCUGUCUGCAUCCAAACAAAUCUCAGAUCUCAGGAAAAUGGUCAUCAGACAUACAGAAAUCCAAAACCUCUGUCUAUUGGUUCAGCCAGCUCCAUGAUGGCUCUAGGUUUAAGUACACAGGUCUGGAUGUGGUCCAGCUGCGGUUUCUACGACUGCACAGCAACUCAGCAGUACAACAAGUAACAAUAGAAUGCAACAGUACUCACAACAGAACAACCAAUCAGAGACGUGCAAGUCAACGGGUUCUGCAUCUCCUUGGAGACUCCUUGAGAGAGAUCAGCGGAGCCCACGCCAAAGUGUCAAGAAAUGGUUGUGAGGUGGUGGUGCAGGUGAGGGUAGAGGGCAACAGUGAACUGCCCCGGGGCGAUAUGGAGCUCCUGCCCCUGAGGGAUCUGGGCAUAGAGAACAGGGGUGACCACUGGGAGAGAGAGAUCAGUGCCGCCCUGGGGCCGCUGUGCUUUUUAUAGCACAUUACUCCAGUGGCUGUCCUGAGGGACAUUGGCUCUCAUCAAUACCUAAGCUGCUCUUACACACAGAGGGGCCGCUUGGGUGAAUUCUCGAAAGAAAAAAAAAGCAAAGACACCAUUACAAAAGACUUGAACUUUAUUUGUUGUUAUAUUGUCAUUAUGAAAAUAGGGAUAAGUAAACCAGUUAUUGGGUUUUGUAGUGUUUACAGAUAAAAAUCAAAAGAUGCAUCACAAUGAUGUUUGUCAGCAUGUAUGUGCCAGGGUUGCUAACUAAGAUGGUUGUAUGUAUUUAUGCUAUAUGAUUGUAAUGUUACUGUAUUAAUUUAUACAAAUAUUAAUGGGUUAAAUGUUGAAAUGUAUAAUCUAUGAUUUUGCUAAAUAUUAAUUUACCAAUUGCUUGCAGAAUCUUAAAUGAUACAGCUUGUAAAAUUAUGGACUAAAUAAUCCUACUGCAAAUGUUCACAUUGGUUUCAGCUUUUAUUUGGUUGCAUGCAUUUGUGUGAUUGACUAAUCACAAGCAGUACUUCUGUAUAUUGCUGCUGCACUAUGUACAAAUAUGCAGACUUCCUUUUCUAAAUAAAGUAGG